GCGCAUUUCUGGGGCAGUGGAACUCGAGCGCGAGCAGGAGAACGCGGCGCUGAUUGGACAGCAGAGCUGUAUAAAUUGCCGCAGUGCCGUAGUUCUCUCUUUCGUGGAGAUUUAGUCCAAACCCCAAUGCGGUCUGAACAAACUGCCCAGGGCCGUCUUACGAGAGAGCCGUCGCGCACAGGACCAUCUUAUUUACAAUGAAGGAGAGAAGAAUCAGCCAGCCUUUGGUAAUGCGUUGUAAACUGGUUUUAGUAGGAGACGUGCAGUGCGGGAAAACCGCAAUGUUGCAAGUCUUGGCCAAAGACUGUUAUCCUGAGACAUACGUCCCAACAGUGUUUGAGAACUACACAGCUGUACUGGAAUUAGAGGAGCAGCGCGUGGAGCUCAGUUUAUGGGACACGUCAGGUUCACCGUAUUAUGAUAAUGUCAGACCUCUCUGCUACAGUGAUGCAGAUGCUGUUCUGCUCUGCUUUGAUAUAAGUCGUCCUGAGACUGUUGAAAACUCUCUGAAAAAGUGGAAAGCCGAAAUCAUGGAUUUCUGCCCCAGUACUCGAAUAAUCCUAGUCGGCUGCAAGACGGACCUGCGAACAGAUGUUUGCACACUGAUGGAGCUGUCCAAUCAGAGACUGACGCCCAUCUCCCAUGAGCAGGGCACCUUGCUGGCGAAGCAGGUAGGAGCAGAGGUGUACCUGGAGUGCUCUGCAUUCACAUCGGAGAAGAGCAUCCACAGCGUGUUCCGCUCAGCGGCACUAACAUGCCUUAACAAACUGCAGCCCCCCAUAAAGCAAAGCCCCACUCGCCGGCUGUCCAAACGCCUCCUUCACUUGCCCAGCAAAGCGCAGCUCCUGACCUCCUCCUUCAGCAAGGAGAGAACCAAGAGCUGUUCCAUCAUGUGAGCUCCAUGUGCACCACUCCAAUUCCAGAAAGAAAAAAAAAACGUAUUUUUCGCUCUUCGAAAAGGUUGUUUGGGGGGGGGGUUGAGAGAAGGGGAGGUCAUGACCUUUAAUGACCCCUCCUCCCUCUCUCUACACUCAUGUUGUUCUUCUUCCAUUCUGACACCCCACCUGCAAACACACUCAUCACAACGACAGAGAGCUGCUGCCAUUGUUUAAGGUUUUCGGCUGUUACACAUCCUCUUUACCAGCCUUUACAUGAACUGCAUUUUGUAUCAAUGAUCAAUCAGUCAGUCAAAGAAGGAAAUGUAGCGAAUACUGGACACUGUCAGAUAUUUUUAUGGGUAGUUAGCGUGGGAAUGUGGGUUGAGCUGUGAACGUAAUUUAAUAUUUAAAGGAAGAGGAUGUGUUACACAGUACGCACUUUAGUGAACAUGGAUGUGAUUGUUAAAUGGAAAGUGAGAGGAUGAUUGAAUACGGGUUGGCAUUAGUUACGGUUUCAAUACAGAAUUAUGCUUUGCUUGUAUUAGCUGGCACUGAUCUACAAUGUGAGAACUCAUGCAAGCACGAGGGGAGGAGCCAAACAAGAUUUUAUGUCCUCCUGAAAAGGUGAACAGUGUUAUAAAUCUGCUAGAUGAAGCAUCCAAUCACAUUGGUACAUCCAGAUGUAUUGGACAUGCUGACACACUCUUUCACUCUCUCUCUCUAUCUCUACUGUAGUCCUUCAUGCGCUUUCUGCCCCUAGAUAACAGGUCAUAAAUCUCAGCCAAUGAGGAGAAGCCCAGCAUCGCCCGGGCCAUUUCUCAAUAUAGAGCAGGAGUUAUUGCCACAAAGACCCCUUCCAGAUGUUCCAACCGUUCUUUUUUAGAAAAUGAGAUCUUUCACUGAAGUAAUUUUAGAGAUGGACUGGAAAGGUCAUGGGGGAUUACUAAGGGACACUGCAGUCCACCAAAACUGAUCAAUGUUGCAUAAGCGAGAAGAUAAUUUGAAUGUUCCAGUUGACUUUUCUUUUACAGUAAUCUGCCACAACACCUAAUUCUCAAAAGGCCUGUAAAUAACUGAUUCUCU